UUAUUAGUGGUGACAUCCUGUUGGUCUCUGUGUUUCCAUCUGCAGGCAGCUGUUCCUGCUCAAACAUUAUUAUUAUUAUUCUCCUCCGCAGCUUCAUCAUAUCUUCAUCAUCACUCUGCUGCUGCAGACGUCGCUUCACGGAGGCUUUUACUUUGAAAAAUCGGGCCGAAGUGCUGCUUUUAUUGUGGCGGGGCUUCACCGCUGGCCUGUUAGCUGCGGAUCCACCAGCGAUGCGCUGACCCGCGUCUUGUUCCUGCGUGUUACUGUUGAAGCGGAGAACCAGAACCAUGAUGGCCAGCGGACACACCGGGACCACCGGGACCACCACCGGGGGGCCCGUCCCGGGGACCACCGGGACCACCGAGCAUGAUUAUGCCCACGCCAACAGCUCCACUCCCCCGGAGGUCCCGCCAGCUGCCCCGGGGGCUGGAGGAGCCCUCACCCCGCAGCAGAGCUUCUCCUCCGGGGCUGGACCCGAGCACGGCUCCGCCCUGCAGGUGGAGCUCCCGGACCCGGCUGUCGGGGCGGAGGUGGACUGUCCCGAGGGUCCCGAGGUGGGGGGCACCGAGGAGGACCCCCCGGAGCCGGACGCGUCCGUCCCCGCCGCUCCCCCGGCCGCGGUGCGAGGCUCCCGGCGGCGGAGCAGCAAGCGGCCGGAGGACAAGAGCUGCUCCACCUGCCGGACGGAGUUCGAGCGGCAGGGUCGCUGCUUCAACCGGCGGGCCGUCUACACCUUCACCUCCCCGGACACCGUCAGCUGGGUGUUCCCGGACGCGGCGGUGCACGACAAGUCCUUCCUGUGUGAGAUCUGCGCCCAGGUGAUCCGGACCAAGUCCCGACGGAAACAGACCGGGAAGAGGACCCUGUGGCUCAAACCGCCCCAGAACAAACAGUCCAGGGUGUCAGACAAGAGGAACUCUGGCCGUCGGAUGGGGAAGAAGAGCAAAGCAGCUCAGCUGGUGAGCAAGUCCUGCUACAAGGCUGCUUUCAAGAUGCUCUGGUCGGCUAAAGGAGCCCGCAAACCCAUGAUGGAGUUCUGGAGCAAGCAGCUGAAGGAGGAGAUGAAGGCGUUGACGCGGCAGCCUGACAACCCGUUCCACCAGAAGGUGUCGAGCAGACGGCCGCUGUCGUCGUUCCCGUGGCGCCGCUGUCUGAACUGGGCUCAGGACAAAGCGCCGCUGGUCACCACCUGCCUCACCUCGCUGUUCCCCGACAUCAACACGCUGUCCAAGAGCAGCCACCAGCUGACGGAGGAGCAGGCCCAGACGCUGCUGGAGCGCCGUGCCGUGGUGGCGCUCUCCAUCCCGCUCUUCACCAGGAACAUCUGGAAGAACAACUUCCUGCAGGCGGCUCUGGGGGCGGAGCUCCGGCUGCAGGGCUGCUCCGGCUCGGCUCUGGACGCCCUCAACACCAUGGGACUGUGUCAGAACAAAGACACCGUCAGGUUACUGCUGCACCGCCUCCGCAACGGCAAGAAGGCGGCAACACAGAACGGGCAGAGGAUGAAGAUCAAACAGGAGCUCCUUAAAGGAGAACAUAUGGCAGACAUGGAUGAUGAAGACCUGGAGGAAGAGGAGGAAGAAGAAGAAGAAGAAGAAGAGGAGGUUGAGGAGGAGGAGGAGGAAGAAGAAGAGGAAGAAGAAGAGGAGGAUGACGACGAUGACGAGGAAGAAGAGGAGGCAAUGGAAAUGGCAGUAGAGGAGGUAGAAGUGGAGGUGGAGCAGGGAGUAGCACAGGUCGGAGUGGAAGAGGAAGAGGAGGAGGAGGAGGAAGAGGAGCAGCAGCAGCAAGCAUUGGAGGCAAAGGCAGAGAUGGAAAAGAAGAAGAGGAAGAAGAAGGCGAAGAAGCAGAGAAAGGAGGAGAAGAGGAAGGAGAGAGGGAAGCGAAAGGUGAAGGAGAGGGAGGAGGAUGAGGAGGAUGAUGAAGAGUCGGAGGAGAAGAAGAGGCGGGUGGUGGUGGUGAGGCUCGGCCUCCUCAAGGGACACUCUGAGGUGGGACGGUCCGACCUAUCGGCUCCCUGAGACUCUGUAGGCUCCGCCCAUAAACUCUACAGGCCCCGCCUCCAAUCAGAGAGCAGGACUAGAGGCCCCGCCCUCUUCUCUGGGGGGGGGCGUUGAAAGGGAUUCUGGGAAUUGUAGGAGGUCAGUAACUGUGAAGGGAAACUGAGAGCUUUACUUUGAAUUUUCAUUUUGACAUAAUAUUAAAAAAAAAAUCUGAUUGCGCCAAAAAAUGAGUUAAUUUGAUCUUCAAAAAGCCUCCGAAACACAAAAACUGCUCCACUGAAACUGAGACUAACAAUAACACCAAACAGCUGAUUGAUCACAUGAUCAUCUGGACCGUUUGUAGUCCUGAUGGUCGUGUGUCUCAAGUUAAAGCUGGAUAUCAAAAUCAACCAACUUCCUCUUUUGUUUCGACUUCCAUAAUAUCUGAUGGUCGUGGCUUCAAAAACACUUUUUUGGUAACAUUUUGUUUUCCAGGUCUCAUAAUAAUUUCCCAGUAAUUUCUUUAUUAAAAGCCACUGCAGCUCUUUCAGUUUUAGAGUUCUUGGACUCUUUAUGAACUCACAGGAACAGAAAACGGUUUGAUUGUCAGUCUGUGGACGUCUGAACGUCUGUAGACUGAAGCUGUGUGUUUGUUGACGACGGAGGAGAAAAAAGGACCUGGACUUGAUAUCGCUGUGUUUAUUUUUCUUUGUUGACUGUUUGUUGGCCGUAGGGAACCCAUCAGAACAGAAUCAUGGUUUCAGUGUGUUUGUCUGAAGCGUGAAGAGGCCUUUACACCUUGUUCAGGUCACCUGACGACUCAUAACGGCUGUAUGAGGGUUGAGAAUACUGUCCAUUGUACUUUAAACAUUAAAUAAUCAUUAAAGACAGAUUUACCAACA